AUGCAAGAGGAAGAAUUGCUACAAACAUUACAUGACAGGUUGAUAAACAAGAAUCAUUGUACAUGGUGCGGGACUUCUCUGCUGACACCCCCCCCUCCCCUCCAGAUAGUGGUCAACCCUUGUGCUGUACCCAACUACAACCCUUCAUCUCUUUCCCCCGCUCAUGCUCAUUCUCAUGACGAUGCAAGAGUAGAGUCUGUCGCUAAGCGAGCCUUGGACGCCAUCCUCCUACGUUAUCAACAACAAGGUUUAGGUCUUGAUCAGAAUGCACAGUUUGUCGUCGUCGGCGGUGAUACCGGGUCGGGUAAAACAAUCACCACUCAACGUAUCAUCGAAUACGUCGCUUCCUCGGCCCGACUAUGCCCUCCCCCAACCACCGCACCCACCUUGAUCACUCCCCAGAUCGAUCUCUCUCGGAAGCUACUCGUGGUAGACAACGUUUGGGAAAUGUAUCAGUACAUGAUGACCCUCGGUAUGUCAUCUGAUCUGAUACAUGACUUGUUCGGACGCGUGGUCGCUUGCACAUUGUUGGGUUCAUGGUCAUGUUUGUCCAAACCAAUGUCUUUACCUGACUUGGCUUUGGUUUCCACCGUUUCCGCUCUGUUGAGGAUCGAAAUGUUACCCUUACAUGAAACCUUGUGUUACAAGCUUCCGGGCGGUUCGGUGGCCUCUGGGGGUAAGGAGAAAAUCUUGAGGAGUCCCGAAGAUGCAGAGAGGUUAUGUAAGGCAGUGGCUGGACAUGUUUAUCAGCAUGUUUUUCAGACCCUAACAAGAUACAUAAACCAAGCUCUCAUCGGACCUACCGACCGCACCGCUGAAGAAAUAGGUCUGAUCAGCAUUGUUGACAUGUUCGGGUUUGAGGUUGAAGACAAGAUUUUAUGGUUUUACGUUAAGACUUUUUGCGAUUUCGUUUGUUGA